UUCUCCUUCUCUUUCUUCCAAAUCGCAAACCACUUCCACCCAGACCAACACAAUGGCCAUCCCAGGAAUGGACUCCGAGGAAGAGUCCAAGGUCACCACCCUCAUCACCUGCUUCCCCCACGAUCAUUCCUUAAGAACGCUUGUUCAAAUCCCCCGUUUCCGCCAACGCCUCUCCAUUCUCUCACAAUGGUCCAUUCCACUCGGCAGCCGCGUUCUGGACAUUGGCUGUGGCCAAGGCGACUCCUCUCUCGUUCUGGCCAUGGAACUCGGUCCAACCUGCCACGUCACCGGCAUCGACACCGCGCCGCCCGACUACGGCACCCCCUUGAACAUUUCCGAGUCCCAGGAGAAGAUCCUGCAAUCUGCUCUCGGUGACCGUCUCUCCUUUUACAAUCAAGUCGACGCCGCCACCUUUUUUAAUUCUACCUCUACCUCUACCACUGCUAGUGAUAAAACCUUCGACGUCGCCACAGCCUGCCACUCCCUCUUCUACUUCCCCUCUUCCGCCUCCGUCAUCUCGCUCUUCCAAGAACUGGCAGCCGCCAACAUCCGCAAUGUCUACGUAGCCGAGUACGACAGCAAGCAAACUUCCUUUCCGGUCACCCAAACGCCGCACAUCCUCGCUGCGAAAGCACAGGCUUUGUAUUUCGCUUACAAGUCUGAAGCGGACUUGGAGAAACAGCAGCAACAGCAGCAGCAGCAGCAGCAGCAGGCCUCCUCCUCUAAGAAAGAAGAGAUGCCGCUGAAUGUCCGCGCUGCGCCCGACGUCGAGGCCAUCACCAAGGCGGCACAAGCGGCGGGGUUCAAGGUAGCUAGGGAAGGCAAGUUCACGCCCAAGGAGGAGUAUCUAGAGGGACACUUUGAGACGAGGUGUGUGCGGGGAGCGAGGUUUGAGGCCAGAGUGAAAGAGGAGGGGUUUGCCAAGGAGAGAGAAGAGGAGAUUUUGGGGGUGGUUGAGGAGGUAAACAGGGCGUAUGAGGAGAUGGAGAGGGGUGGCGUGGACAAGGUGAGGUGUAUGGAUGUUUGGUGGGCGGUGUUUGAGUUGGAGUAGGAGUACUGUGAGGUACUGUGAGGUAGCUUCUGUUGAUUGUUAGUGCCAGAUAUUUUGGUCGUAGGUAUGUAGAUCUCUGGCAAAUGCUUGGAUUACCUGUAUGCGGUUGCCGGUUGUUCUCU